AUGGGCCAUCUAGUCACUCUUGCGACAUGCUCCCUUAAUCAAUGGGCACUUGAUUUUGAAGGGAAUGCAAACCGCAUCAUCGAGAGCGUCCGCAAAGCUAAGGAAGCGGGGGCCACCCUGCGCGUUGGUCCAGAGCUAGAGAUUACUGGAUAUGGCGUCCUGGAUGGGUUCCUUGAGGGCGACACGUUCCUGCACUCGUGGGAAAUGCUGGCUCGCAUCAUUGAUCACCCAGACUGCCAGGACAUCGUAGUUGACGUUGGAGCUCCCGUGAGACAUAGGAACGUGCGCUACAACUGCCGUGUCAUUUUUUUCAAUCGGAAGAUCAUCUUGAUUCGCCCCAAGAUGUGGCUUGCAAAUGACGGAAACUACCGAGAGUUCAGACACUUUACCCCCUGGCAACGUCCCCAAGAAGUGGAGGAUUACUACCUGGAACAAAUUGUCGGAAAGAUCACUGGCCAGUACAAGGUUCCUUUCGGAGAUGCAGUUAUCAGCACCCGGGAUACCUGUUUAGGUCUAGAGACAUGUGAAGAACUAUUUACUCCAAAUGGCCCUCAUAUCCCAUACGGUCUAGCUGGCGUGGAAAUCAUUUCCAAUUCAUCAGGAAGUCACCAUGAGCUCAAGAAGCUUGACACCCGUGUCAACCUCAUUACACAGGCAACAAAACUGAGUGGAGGAAUCUAUCUGUAUGCAAACCAGCAAGGAUGCGAUGGAGAUCGACUGUACUACGAUGGUUGUGCAAUGAUUGUUGUGAACGGCAACAUUGUCGCCCAGGGUUCCCAGUUUUCUCUGAACGAUGUAGAGGUUGUCACAGCUACUGUUGAUAUUGAAGAUGUCCGAACCUAUCGCUCAAGUGCAAGCCGCGGUAUGCAAGCGAGCAGGCAGUCCCCAUAUGUUCGCCUCGACUUGGAUUUCAGACUUUCUCGUCAGGAUGAAGACGCCGAACCUAGUCUUCAACCUUCUGAGCCAAGGCCACCGCGGUAUCACGCCCCGGAAGAAGAAAUUGCUCUUGGUCCAGCUUGCUGGCUCUGGGAUUACCUUCGGCGAAGUGGCGCUGCUGGGUUCUUCAUCCCUCUCAGUGGCGGCAUCGAUAGUUGCGCUACAUCCAUUAUUGUGCAUUCCAUGUGCAGAGAAGUCAUAAAGGCAGUCUCGGAAGGAAAUGAACAGGUGAUCAAGGAUGUUCGUAGACUUUGUGCGGAGCCAGAAGAUUCGACCUGGCUCCCUACGAACAGUCAGGAAGUUUGCAAUCGUAUAUUCCACACUAGCUACAUGGGUACUCAAAACUCCAGCAAGGAAACCCGAGACCGAGCUUCCAACCUUGCCAGAGACAUUGGAUCUUAUCAUGUAGACUUCAACUUUGAUACCGUUGUCACUGCGAUCACAAACCUUUUCACUGUGAUCACUAAUUUCCAGCCUCGGUUCAAGGUUCAUGGCGGUGGUCGAGCAGAAAACCAAGCCUUACAGAAUGUGCAGGCUCGUUUAAGAAUGGUUCUUUCAUACUUGUUUGCUUCGUUGCUCCCGACAGUUCGACAACGCCCUGGAGGGGGCGGCCUGCUUGUGCUUGCAUCAUCUAAUGUAGACGGUACCUUGCGUGGCUACCUGACCAAAUACGAUGCCAGCAGUGCAGACUUGAACCCUAUCGGCUCUAUCAGUAAGGUUGACCUGAAGAAAUUCAUCGGCUGGGCCGGUGAAUCGUUCAACCUACCGAUUCUCGAGCAAUUCUUGAGCGCCACGCCAACAGCCGAAUUGGAGCCAAUUACAGCCACCUAUGUCCAGUCCGAUGAAGCUGAUAUGGGCGUGACAUACGCGGAACUUUCAACAUUCGGAUAUCUGCGCAAGGUCGCUAAAUUGGGACCAUGGUCGAUGUACGAGAAAUUGCUUCACCUAUGGGGCAAUGAAUACAGCCCUCGGGAGAUUUACGAAAAGACUCGCCACUUCUUCUACAACUACUCUAUCAACCGUCACAAGAUGACCGUUUUGACACCUAGCUACCAUGCUGAACAGUAUUCGCCUGAAGAUAAUCGACAUGAUCUUCGACAGUUCUUGUACCCAUCUUUUACAUGGGCAUACAAGAAGAUGGAAGAUAGUGUUAAACUCUGGGAAUCGAAGGGAUGGACUGUUGGCAAAGCACAGAAGAAGAGUGUCAAGGCAGACUAA